UACCUUUCUUUUCCAAUUUUACCCGGCCAGUCAAGCUACGACUAAGACUGAGCCUUUACUCAAAAAGCCGUUACUCAUGCCGCCAUCAAUGCAAUCUGGGACUUCUGCUCAGACGACCAGACUCUCCUUUCUCCUCCUCCUCAUCCGUCACACUACAUUUCCCAACCCCUCCAUCUCUCCCUCUCCCUCUCGAUUCAUCCCACGUUUUGCCUUCUUCCGGUAGAACCCUCCUUGCAUCCAUCCAUGGAAACCACUCACUGUUGAAGCUGUCAAUGUCUUGGAACACUCUCUGGCUGGCUCCGAGCGAAACCGAGCAGAGAUGCUGGAGGUGAAGGGUCACUACGGUCACCAAGUCUGGUUCGUCGUCCUCAUUUCUUCUCUACUGUGUUUCCUUGUGCUGUUUUCCUUUCAUCAUUCCUUCUUGGGCGGCGGCGGCGGCGGCGAUGGGGCCGCUUUCUUCGUCGACAAUUAUGAGAAUUCCAUCAGCACCCGCAACCCCGAACCGCUUCCUUUCGCUGAGAGUCCCAACAAGACCGUCGAUACAGCCCCCACUGACAAAGGGUCGCUCCUAAAAGCAAACGGUACAGCAAGAAAUCAUGAGGUCCCGAAUGUUGGUCUUAGUCCACUAGGCGUCAUCGUGGGGGACAAAUCUGAUGAUGGUUCGGUUUCGCCCACUGACCAGAGCAGUGAGCAUCAAAGUCUCGACAUGGGUUUCGAGUCUUUUGACAGAGAUUCAUGCUCUGGUAGAUUCAUUUACAUUCAUGAUCUUCCCAGCAGGUUCAAUGAUGACCUGCUUCGGAAGUGCGAGUCGCUGACUAGAGGGACGGAUGUGAAUAUGUGUCCGUACAUGGAGAACCUGGGCAUGGGUCCGGCUGUGGCCGAUUCCCGCGGGGUACUGUUGAACAAUAGCUGGUUCAGGACGAACCAGUUCCUGCUGGAGGUUAUUUUCCAUAACAAGAUGAAGCAGUAUGAGUGCCUGACUAAUGAUUCAUCGCUCGCUUCGGCGAUCUAUGUGCCGUAUUAUGCUGGGCUGGACAUUAGCCAGUACCUCUGGAGUUCCAACAUAUCCGUGAGGGACGCCACGGCCUUCGAUCUCGUCGGGUGGUUGUCCGGGAGACCGGAAUGGAGGCGGCUGUCGGGUCGAGACCAUUUCCUCGUGGCGGGUAGGAUAGCGUGGGAUUUCAGGAGACAGUUUGAUGAUCCGUCCUAUUGGGGAAGUAAACUGAUGUUCUUGCCACAAUCUCAGAACAUGACGAUGUUGUCCGUGGAGUCUAGUGUUUGGAACAACGACUUCGCAAUCCCGUACCCGACUUAUUUCCAUCCUUCGAAGGGCGCUGAAGUUGCGCAAUGGCAAGAUAGAAUGAGAAAGCAGGAGAGAAAGUACCUGUUUGCUUUCGCAGGUGCUCCGCGACCUGAACUUGAGUUCACUAUCCGGGGAGAGAUCAUUAACCAGUGUCUCGCGUCAAAUGGUAAAUGCAAGUUGCUUAACUGCAGUUCCAGCACAAAUAAUUGCGAUGACCCCGUUAAUGUGAUGAAGGUGUUUCGAAGCUCGGUUUUCUGUUUACAACCGCGGGGAGACUCUUAUACUAGGCGGUCGACAUUUGACUCGAUUUUGGCCGGGUGCAUUCCUGUGUUUUUCCAUUCUGGCACAGCUUACGUGCAAUAUGUAUGGCAUUUACCAAGAGAUCAUACUAAAUAUUCUGUGUUUAUCCCAUUGGAUGAGGGGAAGAAGGUUAGCAUUGAACCGGUACUCCAAAGCAUUCCGGAGAGUGAAGUGUUGGCCAUGAGAGAGGAGGUUAUACAGCUGAUUCCGAGGAUUGUUUAUGUAGAUCCCAGGUCUAAAGAACACAACUUCAAUGAUGCAUUCGAUAUAGCCAUUAAGGGAGUUUUAGAGAGGAUAGGAAAGGUAAGGAAAGCGAUAGCGAGCGGGGGCGAUCCCAGCAUUGGUUUUGCUGAACAAAACCAUAAAAAAUUCGACUUCCCCAGGUCCGAGCCAGAAAAACAGGAAAGAAGGCGCCAAGUGAGGGAAAUCCUAUAUGCAGCCGGAAGCAGAAUUGGUCGAUUUUUAUAGGCCUUUCUCUCAAACUGCCUUUGAGGACUUGUGUUGCUGAUCCUGUAAGUACGUCGAUAAUAAGUGUAGCUCUGCAUUUGCCAAAAAGAGGGUAUACAAUACUUAGAUCUUACAUAUGCGAACCACAUAAUUCAACAAGAGCAGAUCCAUUUUGAAGACGUACAUUGCAAGUUGGCUCCUUUUCAUUUUUA